AAUCAUCACAUGGUGUGGAUUUCCGCUCUGACACUUUUUCGGUUUAUGCUGCACAGCCGAGCGGGGGCCACACCUCGCAGUCACUAAAGAGCCACUGCUGCUGCUGCUGUUGCAGCAGGACAUUAUGGUGCUUUGAGGACUACUCUACCAUGCAGUCCACCAUGAAUUUCAAUGGACUUCAACGGCAGGGCAGCCAAGAGAAUUACAUUGUGGAUAAUGUUCAGAGGAAGAAAAGUUCUCUGUGGUCCCGGCGUUCACUGAGGGGGAGCAAAGAUCGACACUUUCAGAACACAAGCUCUCUGCCCAGAGUUUGCAAGCCCAAACUAACCCCCUGCACCUCACUGAUUGAUUACUCCGACCCGCAAAGGAUCACAGUUGAACUGGAGAAACAAGACAAUGAAACAUUUGGUUUUGAAAUUCAGACGUACGGACUGCAGAUGAAGAACACCGCUGCAGUGGAAAUGUGCACGUUUGUGAGCAAAGUGCACAGGGACAGCACUGCAGAGAAUGCUGGCCUGACCACAGGAGAUGUUAUCGUUACAAUAAACGGGCUCAGCAUCGAAGGGUCAUCGCACCACGACAUACUUGGCCUGAUAAAGGAAUCAACCAACAGCCUAAAGAUGGAGACUGUGUGUGGGAAUAUAGUGAAGCAGAUAGAACUGGAGAAGAAGAUGAAACAGCUGAAGCACUCACUACACGAGAAACUGGUUGAGCUGCAAGAGCUGACAUUACAGGAAAAGCGUCUGAUGCCUGGUAACUCGAGCAACAGCAGCUUCCGCCUCUCCAUGGACUCCUCGUUGAGUUCCCCCACAGGCCGCUGCAGCCGGCGUUUCUCCAGUGACAGCAGCUACAGGAGCGCGGUGACAGAUGACAGUGACCAGGCCAGCGUGUUCGGGGACAUGUGCUCUCCCAGCCCCUGCAGUGCAGCCAGCACCACGGACGACAGCUGCUUCUUCUCCAGAGAUUUCCCUUCACAGGACAGCGGAGGCAGGUUUUCACUGAGCUCGAGCCUCCAUCACCAGUCCCUCAGCCGCUCCAGCAGCUCCAGCUACGCCGGCAGCAGCAGCUCCCUCUCUCCCUCAUGGGAGGAAACAAGGAUCUCCUCCUUGUUUGGUACUCUGCCCAGAAAAAGCAGGAGAAGCAAUGUACGCAAACACAUCCUCAAGUUAAUUCCUGGACUCCAACGCUCAGUUGAGGAGGAGGAGACAGGGGCAAACACUCAGUGACCCGUUGCUCUCGUGCUUCUUGACUCUACUUGAUACUGAAGUGAUUGAUAAUGAAGUGUUUGCACACACUCAAAAGGCUGGGUUUAGUGUUUGCUUUAACAGAGACACGGAAAAGACCGAUAUUGUGAAGACGGUCUCAGACUGUACAGGAAGAGGAGUCACUGCUUGGCACAAAAGCAUUAUGAAAAUGUCAAAUAGUUUGUCUUUAAAUGUGUAAAUUAAUGUAUUCCUCACAUUGUCAUGGCUGAAGAAAUGUAAUUAUGUACUGUAUUUGACUGAAUAAAUGUCUUUACCCCCCCUCA